AGCCACCGGGACUGAUACUCUUAUGACUUCUGGCAUCCCCCGGAUACCUAAGGAUGAUGGACCUACAGGACCAGCCGUUGUGCCUGAUGCUGCUACAGUUUCUGGGACUGAUAGUUUGCCUGAGAGCGGUGUUUCCCCGCCACAGUCGAGAGGUAUGACUGAUUUGCCUACAGGGGUUGAUAUACCCUCCAUGCCUACUCCUGCAGUUAUUUCGGAACCUGUCGGAUUUCAGCCUGAGGGGACCUCCGUUGGCAUUGGACCUCGAUCAUCCCUAUAUGAGCGUGUCCGCGUCCUCUUGGCUGAUACCGAUCCCGACAAAGACAUUUUUCGUACAGACCUCGGCCUUUUUACCGUCUUUUAUAACGGCAUGAUCGAGAAACUUCUUCAUCGAGGAUAUGGCUUCGAUCAGUUCAGGCGUUCCUUUUCUCAUCACAUGUCGAUGUUAAGAAAAGAAGGGUAUCCAGAGUUAGCCGAUUCCUUCACUGCCGAUUUUGCUGUUCUGGAGUCGGAGAUCCGAGAGUUGAAGGAGCUGAAGCGAUGA